GCUGGAUCCAUCCAUGGAGCUCCUGGACAUCCUGGACGGAGGACUCCGUAAUCCUGAAAAAAAGUCCAGCUUCACGCUCACGGCUUGCGCCUGGCUUUCAGUUUUGUCUCGAUACUGGGGACACCGCUCUCCCCAAGUACGCGUCUCCAGAAAAUUGUGGGUGAAACAUGCGCUCUCUGUGGUUCAGCCCGUCUUCCAAAGGCAAAUUAAGACAUCCGGCCAUUAUGAUGAACUGCAUAUCAAAGAACCGUUGCGACUGAUGCGCAGUGCGCCCAUGAUCACACAAUGCCUCUAUUCUGAUCUUUUGGCCUCCCCUUUCUCACUCUCCAAAUUUCGGUUCGGUUGUCUGCGUUCCCGCUAAGUGCUGACCCUGACUGCUGGCUGCCAGACGAUGCAAUGAGGCCGGCACCGCGUCUCCAGUUCCUGCGCCCGUACACCUGGCAGCCCGUCGGCCCGCCCAAUCCGGCCUAUCUGCGCUUCUUCCACCUGGCCCGGCAGCAGGAGCUGGAGGAGGCCAACGCGCUCAAGUACCCCCGCCUCCGCCACAAUGGCCCGCCCAUGCGCAUCCCCGAUUUCCGCCAGAAAUACGCCCACAUCCAGCAGGGCGUCGUGGCCGACGAGGUGGUCACCUUGCACGGCCGUGUCGAGUCCGUCCGCCGCGCCGGCGCGAAGCUCGUCUUCCUGGACCUGAAGGGCGAGUUCGAGCGCGUCCAGGGCAUCUGCAACUUCGGCAAGCUCGUCGAUGGCACCACUGUCGGCGGCCUCAAGGAGUUCGCCCGCCUGCUUAGCAGGGGUGACAUCAUCUCCGUGACGGGGAAGGCUACGCGCACGCCCGCCGGCGAGCUCACCAUCCAGGCGACCCACCUCCCCGAGCUGCUGACACCCAGCCUCGUCCCGCUCCCCACGAAGCUCAUCGACGAGGAGUCGCGCACGCAGCACCGCCACCUCGACAUGCUGGUGAACCGCAAAACCACAGACACCCUGCGCCUGCGGUCGUAUCUUAUCAAGUACCUCCGCGACUUUUUCCACGACCGCGGCUUCCUCGAGUUCCAGACCCCUAUUCUCGCCGCAGACGCCGGCGGCGCCAACGCCCGCCCCUUUACCGUCUCGGCAAAGACCGUGUCCAGAGACCUCUCCCUGCGGAUCGCGCCCGAGCUCUGGCUCAAGAGGCUCGUCGUCGGCGGCGUCGACCGUGUCUUCGAGCUGGGGCCCGCGUUUCGCAACGAGGGCAUCGACCAAACCCACAACCCGGAAUUCACCAUCUGCGAGUUCUACCACGCCUACGCCAAUCUGGCCGACCUCAUCUCGCUCACCGAAGACCUCAUCCGCGGCGCCGCCGCCCACUGCCAGUCCCUCAUCUCCACCAAACUCACCGCCCUCCCGCCCGUCGACCUCGCCCCGUUCGAAGGUCCCUUCCAACAAGCCGAGUUCAUCCCCGCCCUCGAAUCCGCCCUCCACUUCACCCUGCCAGACCUCGCCUCCCCCACGGCCCUCUCCGACCUCCGCGCCCUCCUAAAGCAGCACGCGAUCCCGCUCGACGCCGAGGCCUUCACGACCGACUCCCUCCCGCAGCUCCUCGACCGCCUGGCGGCGGCCUACAUCGAGCCGCUCUCCGCCGCCGCCCCGCUCUUCGUCACCCACCACCCGGCCUGCAUGUCCCCGCUGGCCAAGGGCUUCGUCUGCCCGCGCACCGGCCAGGCCGUGGCCGCGCGCGCCGAGCUGUUUGUCGGCGCCCGCGAGCUGGCCAACAUGUACGAGGAGGAGAACGACCCGUUCGAGCAGCGGCGCAAGUUUGUCGAGCAGCUCCGCGCCAAGGAGGGCCGCGGCGGCGGCGGCGGCGAGGCGUCGUCGUCCGAGGCCGACGGCGGCGCGGCCGGUGGUGGUGGUGGCGUCGUCGACGAGAGCUACGUGCACGCGCUCGCGUCCGGCCUGCCGCCCACCGGCGGGUGGGGUUGCGGCGUCGAGAGGCUGGUCAUGUUGUUCGCGGGCACGAAGCGGAUCAGCGACUGUCUGAGCUUUGGGAACCUGCGGAACGUGGUUGGCGUCGCUGCUGCUGGGAGGGCGGCUCCAGAGCAGGAGCAGGGGCUGGAGCAGCAGCUGGAGUCGGAACAGCGGUUGAAUAAGGAGGAGAAGGUCCAAGAGGAGAGGGCUGCUACUUCUUCUGCCUCGGAAGCCCGGUGAUAUUUUAAGAGAUAUCAUGACCGGGAGUGUAUGAUCCUGUACGAGUAGGGUGUAGUUUACGAAAUGAAGGGUUAGAGCCGAAUGAGAUACCGGUUAUCGAGUAUCAAUACUGGUUGUAGAGAAUGGAUACCGAUUGUCGAGAAUGGAUACCGGUCGUCGACUGCGCCAUCUCGACGUAU